AUGACCUCUCUUGCCAAAACUAUGGAACUGAUACAAUGCUUUUCUAAUCCAGCUCACUUCUCCCAAUAACCCAAUUUCUUAAACCCUUAUCCUCUAUAAUAGAUAAAUUUCAACUAAAAAUAAAAAAAUAGCGCCGAUAAUCCAAUUACAGUUGACGAUGAUGAACCUGUACAACAACAAAAAAAAUGUCAUAAUCCACUUUGCAAGAAUGUGGGAGACAAAAAGGCCAAGUCCAAAAAGAAUGACAUCUUAUUCUUUUGUGACAAAUGUUCCAAAUUGUAUAAUAAAGGAAAUUUUUGCGACUUUUGUGAAUAAGUCUAUGGAUCCUAUGACGAUGAGGCAGUCUGGGUGUAAUGUGAUUCCUGUCAAAAAUGGAAUCACAUCGUAUGCGAAUAAAAAAACAGAAAUUAAAAUAUUCAAAUAGAAUUUGAAACCAGUCAAUAUCACUGUUUGACUUGUUCCAAAAAUGUUAAGAAACCAAAAGUUCCUAAAAAAGUUGAAGAACCUUCGGUCAUCAAAUAACGACCAAUAAUAGAAUAAGAAGAUUGCAGAAACAGAGAAAAGAACAUUACCUUUGUAGCAACCAAAGAUAAUAAAAUUUAAUACACUUUUCGAUUCAAUUUAAUGGAAGAUGAAAUCAAACAAGAUUUGGAUUCAUUAAGAAAUUCAACUAAAAAAAAAUAAAAAACUUAACAAUCCUCUCCUCCGAAAAUCUAACAAGUCGUUCCCACUUAAUAAACUACUCAGCCUCCAAAGCAAUAAACCUAACAGGAAACUUAGGAUUCCUCAUUCGCCAAUAGAAACUUAAGAAGAAGAAUUAAUUAAAAAAUAAACUAUAGAGAUUUGAUUGGGGAGUAUUGAAAUUUAUAAUAUUCCAAGCAUUAUUAAUAUUAAUCUAAUUUAAAUAUAAAA